AUGGCGCUCUUUGAUCUGGUCGGUCUGGCUGGGGCGUUUGGAUCCCUUGAAAAACGUCUUGUCCACUUGGUCCAUAGCCCCCAUGGCCACGAUCGCUGGAAUCAGGGUUACGACUUGGUGGGAGUGGUGGAGACCCUGACAUGGGCGGAGAGGGGUAUGCCCUUGAGCGAGCACAAUCGGACGCCACUCUUCCCCAGCUCAGAUCGAGAGAGAACCGCGCCAGAUCUGAUUUUCCUCGACGCUCGCCGAGUACGGUGGACGGAGGAGAAUUGGAGUGUGAGGUUGAGAAUUGCAUGGAAGUGA